CAUGGCGCAGGCGCAGACACCAAGGGGGAGGGGCAGCAAGACAGCAGUGUCGUAGAUAUGGUAGCCAUGGCAGGCGCCAGCGUUUACCCUAGUAUGGAAGAACUUGAUAGAAAAGUAGUUAUUGAGUUUAUGCAUCUUUUAGAAAAAUCAAAACAACUUUUUAAUGGGCUAAGAGACUUGCCUCAACAUGGUCACAAACAAUGGCAAUCAUACUUUGGUAGAACGUUCGACAUUUACACCAAAUUAUGGAAGUUCCAGCAACAACACAGACUAAUACUAGAUACUAAAUAUGGUCUAAAAAGAUGGCAAAUAGGAGAAAUAGCAUCAAAAAUUGGCCAACUAUACUACCACUACUAUUUGAGGACAAGUGAAACAAAUUAUUUGAAUGAGGCAUACUCAUUUUAUGCAGCAAUCCGUGGAAGACAAUAUUAUUCUAGGGCAGCCAAAGAGAACAGGCCUGAUUUGAUGGUUAAAAAGCUGAGAUACUAUGCUCGUUUUAUUGUUGUGUGUCUGCUUCUCAAACGAAUGAAAUUAGUUCGAGAAUUAGUAAUGGAAUUGGAUAAACAAAUUGUGGACUACACAAGUACAUAUGAACCUGAUGAUCAAUUGGAGUGGUCACUGGUCCUAGAGGAAAUCAAGUCUUUCAUCAAGGCUGACGCUAUUGUAAAUGUUCUUCAUGCUGAUGCCAACACAGUGAUAUUAUCACAUAGAUUAGGGCCAUUGACCACCCCACCCUGUGAGAAAACACCUAUGAUGAAUCUUGUUCUUCAGGAAAUAAUUAUUAUAGGAAACUGCAACGAUCAGGUCAAGUUUAGUGAGUUAACCAUGGACAUGUUCAGGAUGCUCCAAACUCUAGAAAGAGAACCUCAGGAUGAAUUCAAUCAUAUCUACGAUUCAUCACCUGCACCCGGCAGAUCAAGCUUUGACAAGUACUCGAUGCCAGGGAAAAUGAGUCAUGAAAAUGGUGAUGGGCAGUUGCUGGGCAGGCCAAGCAGACGGGAAAAUCCUCACAAAUAUCUUUUAUAUAAACCUACUUUUAGUCAAGUUAUUAUGUUUCUGUCAUCAGGGUUUAAAGAAUUACCAAUCAAUGGAGCAAUGCUUCUUUACCUGUCUGCGGAUGGCUGCUUUUCUACUGCUAAACACCCUCAGGACUAUGGUUAUGAUUUAGGUGGAGUUCAGACAAGUUGCAAAAAAGAAGAUAUGAUUCACAAUAAAAAAUCCUUACAACUAAAAGAAAUGCAUUGCAUGUAUCCUGGUGAUCUGUAUCCUUUUACAAGGAAGCCAUUCUUUGUAAUUGUGGAUUCGGACAACAGCUUUGCUUUUCAACAUAUUCCCCAGUACUUCAAUCAACCACUUGUCAUUCUCAUGUCUCCUCAGGAACUUCCUUUGAAGUUCCAGGACCAUCACCACAAUGGUAGCUUGUUUACAUUAUUCCUUCAUUCUCCGUUGACGGCAUUUUGCUACAUUUGCGGAGUAACAACAAUACCCAUUCAUCAGUGGGAACGGUGUCAGUCUUUCAUUGACCGGUUUGUCACUGAAGCAAGCAGACUAUUCUCACAUUGUAGGAUAGAUCCUGCUUACAUUCAGUUUUUUGGUGAUGACUUUCUUCGGGUCCUCUUACUUCGUUAUGUGUUUUGUGAUGUUGUCUUACAUCUGCAUCGUUCUUUUAAGGGUUCUAUGCUGCGACCACGAUGUCAACCUCCUCUCCCAGAAGGGGAUUUAUUGGACCACCCCUCACUUACACAUCUUGUGUUCGACCUUGCCGCCAAUCUUGAGGUGCGUGACCAUUUUAUGCCCACAAACACAGGGAAUGACUGACUUAGAGGUCUCUAGUCAUAGCUUUUAACCUUUUUAAGGUGGCUGUAAUGUUGUUAAAAAUCAACCCUUUCUAGUCAGUUUUGUUUUAAUUUGUUUUAAAAGAAGCAACCCAGUCAGAAAUAUUUAUACUGUGUGCUGACAAAUCAUUUCUUUUAACUGAAGUGUAUUGCCUUGCUAGUACUUUGCUCAAUUGUUUUUGGAAAAGUACUGUAUCUCAAAGAAUGUGCGAAUGUCAUUGCAAUCUUGGUGUUAUACAUUGCCAUACAUGUAAAGUGAAAUUACCUCUCCUACCUUUGUACUAGAAUGUGUAAACUCAAGAUUUCCCAACUUGAAGAGUUAUUUCAGUGGAGUUUCCGUUAAAUAUUUCUUUUCUGGCUGGGACCAAAACACAAUCUGUGACAGACAGAAAAUCAAAUCUAAGACAUUGUAGUCUUUUGCUUAUUAAGUGAUUGUAAUAAUUGUAUGUACUGAUGAGAGACAGAGUAACUUUUGAGACACCUUACCUUUUGUACAAUUUUAAUACAGUGUAACUACAACGUGCAGUUUACAAAUAUUGUAGGACAGUUAGGGUCCCUUAUAGUUUUCUUAUUCAUCAAACAUAGAUGAUGGGACUGCUCAUCUAUAGAUCUUUGCUAGCCUUCAUAUUUUUUAUUUCCUAUCAAAUCUGGUACAUUAGCAUAUGAAGAAAACUACAUAUAAGUUUCUCCACAAAAUUAUGAAACUAAUCUGUGCAUUGUACUGUACAGUAGGCCCUCAGGUGGAGAAAUUAUCUAUUUUUAUUAAACCUUAAUUAUAAGGGAAUUGGUUUGCUUCCCUUCCACUUAAGAGUGUGCUCAGUUACAUACCAUUUAUUCCUGCUCAACUUGAACAGUAACACAUCCACUUUCAAAUUCCACCAGUAACAAAAUAUGUACGUAAUAUUCAUCAAAUUUUAAAAAUUCUUUAGAGCGGUCAAGCUUUUGAGACUCUCAUAAAUGUCAGAUAAGCUAUAAGCAGCUAAUGUGGAUUUCCAUCUGGCAUCAUGAUGCAGGAUUGGUGUGUGAAGACUCAUUUUGUGCUACUGGUAGAAUCAAAUCAGGUUGGCUGCGUUGCCGAUUCCAAACAAAAAGCAUGAGAUGCACUAUGCCCUAUUGCAUUUGAGUGGUUCUCCCCUGCAUUUUGCUUGCACUCAUUCUAUGUAUUAUCUAUUUCCACAAGCCCCAACUUAAUGAUGUUUUCAUUAUGAAAAUCAUAGAAGAUUAAACAUUAACCAUCAGAAACACUUGUCUGAUGAUUAGUGAUUAUUUAUUAUUGUUCUCCGUAAAGACGUCCUACCAGUACUAAUCAAAAUCGUAACAUAAAUUACCCCUAAUCUAGUCAUGUACCUCUAAUUUUAGCUUAUUAUUAUCCUCAGUUUUGUAAACCUCUUUAUCUAUAACACCCUUUUUUUUUCAAACAUUUGUUUUAGUACUAAUUAUUGUGUGUUUUCAACUUGUUUUAAGUUUUUCCUCUUACCUUGGAUUUAUUAAUUAUAUUCCCUACAUACAUCUUCCUAUUCGUCUUUUGGUUUUGAAUUUCAACAAUGAUGUUUAAUGCAGUAAUAUCUUCAUCUACGUUUUGAGUUAUCUGUCCUCUGUGUGGUAAUUACCUGUCAUUGAUUUACACAAUGUUUCUUUUAGUUUGUAUUCAAUUUAAAUUUUUGGGGGGGCUUUAUGGUUGAGCCUAUGGCAAAUACAAUAUUUGCCUUGCUGUUUCUGUUUUGUGUGUGAAAUACUGAUCCCUAAUAAUCUUUGAUCAAGACCUUGUUUGAAUAUGUUAGUGACUUCACUCUAGGAGCUUUAUCAGUAGACUUCGGCAAAUUUAAAAUUGCAGAUGUAUUUUGGGACUAUCAAUACAGGAAGCAGAAAUGAUGCUUUGUCUGCUGAGUCUAGUUGAUUUGCCCUAGCAACCUGUGAUGUAAUAUUCCAUACCAUGUCUUGUGCACAUUGUUAUUAUCUAAAUUGAGAGAUUCAAGAGUUAAAUCCAAAUCAGUAUUUAGGUCACUUAAUGAAAUUAUGUUUGUGAUAAAUCAUCUUCCAUUUUAAUUAUUUUUACAUGGUUUAUUUUGUCAUCUUGUUUCCUUUCUCACUAAAAUCAAUCUUAUUAAAUCUCUCAUAUUUUAUUAGUGUUACAUUAUCACAGGUCAUUUGCCAAAAGUGAGAGUAUGUACUAAGAAUCAGAUGUAGAAAAGUUGUUGGAGUAAGUUGAAGCAAGUAUUUUGAAAAAAAUCUUGAUAUACUGUAAAUCAUCAUUAAUUAACCUGUUCCCAAAUUGUCAGGUGAUCUCAUACCUUUUGUGUUAAAAAUUUCCAUGUUCCUUUGAACCUUAAAACUUUGUAGCUCAAAAUAUUAGCAAUAUGUAUAGUAUUUUUUUUAUAUGCCCAGUGCUCUUAGUGCGACAUCAUAUUAUAGAUGCCAGAAGUUAGUCAGAGUUCUCAAUGAUAUCAUUUGGUUAUGCUUCUUUUUCUUUUAGUGUUUUAGUUUUUUUAAAUAGGUUUCUUCAUAAGAAAUUUGGCAAUUUUUUUGUCAGAUUAUUUGAUUAAGGCAUGAAUUGCUUUCAGAGUCUAAAAAGAGUUUUGAAAGGUUUUGAAAUGCCUGCUUUGGCAUGACUGGAAACUAAACAAUAACUUGGGUAAAGGUAAAGUAAUAAUUUUGUGGAAUUAAAUGUAGUGGGUAUCUACUAACCUUGAAGAAUAUUUCUCAUUAGUUUUAAAUAUCUCACUUUCUAUUCUCAACUGUUUAGUUGAGCUAAUUUUAUUUCAUUUUGUAACUGGCACAUUUUUACAAAUUUUCUCAUGGUUUCUGUUUUAAGUGCGAGCAAAAGUUUUAGAUUUUGUUCCUAAAUCUUGACAUGAAUUCUCCAUUCCAUAUGUUAUGUUUGUAUGUUUUCAGAUUUGAUUUCCUUAUGACAGUUCUAAUGUCUGUAGUUCACAUGUCGAAUUCUAGUCGUGCUCAUGCAUUCAGUGAAAAUACUGUUUGAUAGAUAAUAUCAGUUAAAUAGCAGAGAUUAAUCAUGCCCUGAGUUUUUGAAGUAUGUAUUACAUUCACAUACAGUACUUACAUACAUAUUUAUUUUCAUCCUAGUUAACGUGCCAUUAAAGCUUUUCUUUUGGGCACAUAAGUGAACGUUUAUUGUUCAUAAUGUACAUAAUUAUGUCAUACAGGUAUGUUAAAAGAGGAACAGAUCCAGUAACUCAACUUUUAAUUUUUCCUGAUAGUUAUAACGGGUCACCUUGGUACCUAUUUAAAGCUAGCUCUUACUGAACAGUAUUUUUAAAAUCUUCAGAGCUUGGUACUUUCUUGAAAACUAUUUAAUGUUGCUAAGCAUUAGGGAUGAGUACAAUUUAAAAGAAAAGAUACCUUCCUUUUGCAGUGCUUUAAGUGCUUCAGCUUAGUCUGGCCUUUUUUUUCUGUUUGUUAAGUGUUGAGAGGAAAGGUCUUGAUUUGUGUGAGCUUUUGAGUGCCAUUAUCCCUUCCAAAUGUCUAUCCUGCUUGAAGAUGAUGAUGUGGAAUUGUAUUAUUUAUUCCAACACUGCCGAGCAGCAUUGCUGCCUAUUGUUAAGAGAGAAAGAUAUGGUGUGUAUAGCUAAUUGCAAGGUCGCUUUUGUGCGAAUAUUUUUAAUAUGCCCUAUAUGCCAGCAAUUGGCAUCAUAAUCUAAUUUAAAUGUUAUCAUAAAUGAGAGAGUAUGUUUGUUGGACCGUCCCACCAAUGUUCAGGAUUAUUGUACCAGAUAGAUGUGAUACUGUUGAUAAUCUGUUAUUAGAUCAUUCAAUUUAAUUUAUAAGUGAGAGAUCAAAACUAUGUCCAUUGUACACCUGCAUUGGUUUGUGUGGUGAGUUACAAUGAUCACAAGAAAUCUCCGUUCAGUCUCACUGUAUACUAACUUUUUAUUUCAUUGCGUAUUAGUGUUGGUUUUAUAUUUUACCUACCAAAUUACCUGAGGGCCACCAGGUCGUGUUUUGCAUUAUUUCCCUUCCUAUGUUCAAGUUUUUCAGUGCAAUAUUUGGUUCACUGAACUACAAAUAUUUAUAUCAAUUACAUUCCAUACUAUUUGCUUUGAGAGUAGGUGCAGACUAUGUUAUAGAGCUAUGUAUUGCUGAACCUUCUCUUGGUUGACAAGUUGAGUGCAGAAAUUUUCAGCCCAUUAUGGUUUAGCUUCAAGCUUGAAUACAUUGUUGUCAGGUGUCACUCAUUGUGUUCAAGCACAACAUUUCAGACCUUUUAGGGUUCUGACCGUAUUUGAUAAAAUUAUUUGUGAGUUUUAGUCCAUUUUGGUACUACUUCCAGGUCAAAACAAAUGUAUCAUAAGAUCUUUUAUUUCAUUUGCAAAUGCAUUAGGAGAGUUUAUUAGAUCACAUCCAUUCUACUUGUACUUGUUUGUAAGUGUCUAUUUUUGCUGCACCGACUUGGGAUAUUUUACCUCAGUCAAGUGAGACAAAGUCCACACCUCAUUAAUUAUUAGUAUUAAUCCCAGCAUCAUGCAGAGGAGUUUCUCAUCAUGCUGUGCUAUCGAUACCCUUGUGAUAUUCUGUAAAUUAUGACAUUAUAUCAGUAUUACAAAUAAAUAUAUACUAUUCAUUAAAA